AUGCCUUGGUUAGAAAACCUUCCAGGAACGUCCCAGGUUGUCCGCUCAUUGUAUGUCCAGUAUGCACCUAAUAGCACACUUGCAACUGUACAGCAUGUUCCGGUGGCUCUUUCUUUAUCGGCCGCAGCCAACCAAUUUGCGGCAUCGUUUUCAUCUCGGCCCAUGACCAUUAAUGCCAGCAUUGAGACCCCGCAGCCCUAUGCCAGCACGUUCUGUCAUUUGAACACGAUUUUGAGCGAGAAUGAUACCCGACCCAUACAGUUUCCAAAGUCUUACAUUGCUGGGUGGGGGGAUUCGUGUGAUAGUUCGUCCAAGAAGUGGCCCGAGCUUGCAAAUUAUACACGGAUUAGGCGAGAGGAUAUAUGGGCAGAGGCAACUUCGAGCCCACAAGGUCGUCUAAUCUGGGUGGAUGACAUCGUCCUCGAUAAUCCCGCCAGGAAAGGGGGGAUUGGGGUUAUAGUCGUCCAACCCGAAUUGUGCAAUGCAGGCAAAGUAUAUUUGACCGCAUCGGCAUGUGUCGUUGGUGCACGAUGGGGGAACACCACGGCUCACCUGGAGAUCACCUCUGAUGGACUAGCCACCAUGUCUAAGAGUAUUGUAAGCGAGCUGUCGACGAUAUCACCCAUAACAGUUCCUCGUUGGUCUGAUCCUCCGCUGCGGAUAUCCACGGAAUGGGCCAAUAGUCUCAACCAGCACACCAGCAACCAAAACCGGACGGUAGCUGAUAAUCUGCUCCGAGCUCUUCCCAUUACAGACAAUGUGUGCCCUUUCAAUGGCACUUAUGGUCUGGAUGCUCAACGGUCCUUUCCCCUCUAA